AUAAUAAUUGAAAAAUUUAAUAUUAUUUUAGGUUUAUUAAUUUUAUUUAUUGGGGUUUUAGUUGGAGUUGCUUUUUUAACAUUAUUAGAGCGGAAGGUUUUAGGAUAUAUUCAAAUUCGUAAAGGUCCUAAUAAAAUUGGAUUUAUAGGGAUUUUACAGCCUUUUUCUGAUGGUAUUAAAUUAUUUAGUAAGGAACAGACUUAUUUAAAUUAUUCAAAUUAUUUGUAUUAUUAUUAUUCACCUGUAAUUGGGUUUUUUUUAUCUUUAAUUAUUUGGAUAUUGAUUCCUUAUUAUUUUAAUAUUAUUAUGUUUAAUUUAGGGGUUUUAUUUUUUUUUUGUUGUACAAGUGUAGGAGUUUAUAUUUUAUUAAUGGCUGGGUGAUCUUCAAAUUCUAAUUAUUCAAUAUUAGGGGGUUUACGGGCAGUGGCUCAAACUAUUUCUUAUGAAGUUAGAUUAGCGUUAAUUUUUGGUUCUUCUUUAAUUUUAAUUAUGGAUUUUAAUAUAUUAAGUUUGAAAAUUUUUCAGGAAAAUAUUUGGUUUUUAUUUUUAAUAUUCCCUUUAUCUUUAUGUAUAUUUUCUUCAAUAUUAGCAGAAACUAAUCGAACUCCAUUUGAUUUUGCUGAAGGGGAAAGAGAAUUAGUUUCAGGGUUUAAUGUAGAGUAUAGAAGAGGUGGAUUUGCUUUAAUUUUUUUAGCAGAAUAUUCUAGAAUUUUAUUUAUAAGAAUAAUAUUUGUUUUACUUUAUAUAGGAGGUUAUAGAUUAAAUUUAGGGUUUUAUUUAAAAUUAAGAUUUAUUUCAUUUUUAUUUAUUUGAGUUCGGGGAACAUUGCCUCGUUAUCGUUAUGAUAAAUUAAUGUAUUUAUGUUGAAAGGUUUAUUUACCUAUUUCUUUAAAUAUAAUGAUUUUAUAUUUAGGGUUAAAAAUAUUUAUUAUUUAA